GAGGCUACACCUCAGCUCAGGUAAAGGUGUGGUACUGCGUGGAAGAUUUCUGCUGUCGCCUGUUGUGUUGAGUGGUAGCUAAACUUCAGACACGGAUAUCACUGGUCCACAUCACCAUUGAAAUGGCAACUUUAUGGACCGGGGAGAGAGGGAGCAUCAAGCCCAAGGCAGAUUUCAACGCAAAGGAUGACGCUGUGGCUCUGAGAAAGGCCAUGAAGGGACUAGGUACAAACGAGAAGACCUUAAUAGAUGUUCUAACUCAAAGGAGUAAUGGUCAACGUCAGCUCAUCUGUAAAGCUUACAAAGAAGAAGCCACUGGCAAGACUCUGGUGGAGGACUUAGAAGGGGACACCCUUGGUCACUUUGAGGACCUGCUGGUCGCGCUGGUAACGCCCCCUGCCAUCUAUGACUGCCAGGAAGUCACCAAGGCCAUGAAGGGAGUUGGGACUAAAGACAGUGUCUUGAUAGAAAUCUUCGCCACAAGAUCCAACAAACAAAUGAAAGAGAUUUCUGAUGCCUAUUUAAAACAAACUCAGAAGAAGUUGACCUUGGACCUGAAGAAGGAGCUUUCUGGAGAAUUUGCUAAAGCUAUUCUCAUUCUGGCCGAGGGCAAGCGGGAUGAAAAUACACAUGUGGAUGCAGCCAAGGCCAAAGAGGAUGCUAAGACUCUUUACAACGCGGGGGAGAAGAAGUGGGCAGACGAGUCCAAGUUCAUCGACAUCCUGUGUCAGAGAAGCAUACCUCAACUCAGACAAACUCUGGUGGAAUACAAGACCAUCAGUGGGAAGAUGCUGCAGGAGAGCAUCGAGGGAGAGAGGUCUGGGGAUCUAGAGGAGCUACUGGUGGCCAUGGGUAAACUACUGCUC